UAUGGUGUAACUGUGUAAGAUCUGAAUUACAAAUGUAUAAGAUGCCAAGUUUGAUCAUCCUUAUCUUUAUUAUUUCAGAAAAAAGAAGCUCAACCAACAAGUAGAGACAAACCCCAGCUACAUAAACAUAUGGGUCUUUUUAUGAAGCUCCCUUUUCCUCCUCAUCUUGCAGCUUCCUCACUGCUCCAUUUCAUAUUAUUAUUAUUAUUAUUGAUUUUUGAUAUUGUGUGUAAAACAAGGGCAGUUGUGAAAAUUCCACCAAAUGUUUCAGUUCCAGCAGUGUUGGUGUUUGGAGAUUCGAUCGUGGACACUGGCAACAACAACAACAACUUGGGAACAACGGCUCGGUGCAAUUACCCACCAUAUGGUAAAGAUUUUAAGGGAGGCAAACCAACUGGUCGAUUUAGCAACGGAAAGGUUCCAUCUGACUUUAUAGCUGAAGAAUUGGGCAUUAAAGAGUAUGUACCAGCAUACUUGGAUCCACAUCUCCAACCUGGUGAAUUGGCCACUGGUGUGUGCUUUGCAUCCGGUGGUGCAGGAUAUGAUCCUUUUACAUCGCAAUCAGCGUCGGCUAUACCUUUAUCGGGUCAACUAGACUUGUUCAAAGAAUACAUAGGCAAACUACGAGGAGUGGUUGGAGAAGACAGAGCAAAGUUCAUCUUAGGCAACAGUCUUUAUGUUGUGGUAUUUGGCAGCAAUGACAUUUCCAAUACUUACUUUUUGACCCGUGUUAGACAACUGCAAUAUGAUUUUCCUGCAUACGCUGAUUUUUUGCUCAGCUCAGCUUCUAAUUUCUUCAAGGAAUUAUAUGGAUUAGGGGCACGGAGGAUCGCAGUGUUCAGUGCACCACCACUUGGGUGUUUGCCAUCUCAGAGAACGCUGGCAGGAGGUUUAGAAAGAAAAAUUGUAGUCAAUAUUAACAACGCAGUACAGAUAUAUAACAGCAAAUUGUCGAAGGAGCUGGAUUCUCUCAAUCACAACCUUCAAGAUAGCAGGAUAGUUUACAUUGAUGUUUACAACCCUCUCUUUGACAUCAUUGUAAACUACAAUAAAUAUGGCUAUAAAGUCGGAGACAAGGGGUGCUGUGGCACGGGCACAAUAGAGGUUGUGUUAUUAUGCAACCGUUUCACUCCAUUGUGCCCCAACGAUUUGGAGUAUGUGUUUUGGGACAGUUUUCAUCCUACUGAAAGCGUUUAUAAAAGGCUCAUAGCUUCUCUUAUUGGAAAAUAUUUGGAUAAAUUCUUGUGAGCUUUCUACGUACACCCAUCAAAUUCAUUCUUUAAAAAUUUAGUAGUAAUUGAUAUUUGUAAUUCUUAAGAACUACGUAGAGAUUUUUAUAUUCUUAAAAAUCACGUGUUGUCAACACUUUUAGAAUGAUUUUUCUAUUUUCUUUUUAAAUAAAACCUCAGACUUAGCCAAUUUCUGAGGGAUGGUUAAUUUGCCACUUUGCUAUCAGGAUCAAAUAACGACGAAUCAUGUGUGUACAAAAUAAAGCAUGUAAUAAAUUUAAAAUGUUGCAUACAGUUUAUAUAUGA